AAAUUAUUAUAUAAAAAUUGUUAAGUUUUUUUGGAGCAUGUCUGAUAAAAACCAGGAUCAUGAACAACAAGUUGAAGAAAUGUACAGCUCUGAAGUAUUUUUGCCUUACAUUUGUAACUCGUUACCUACAGAAUAUAAAUGCAUCAAACAUCCUGGAAAUAUUGUUGAAGGUGCGACAUUAGCAGCACAAAGAUUGCCAAAGGUGUGGUACAAUUUACUAUCAACAUUUCCGGAGGAAGUGAUUCUCAAUGGAAAACUUAGUGAUCUUCAAAUUGAAGGAAUACUAUUUUCCUGUCAGCGACAUCAUCUUAUCCUUCCUGAUGGAAAUCGUGCAGGAUUUUUUUUAGGCGAUGGAACAGGUGUUGGAAAAGGAAGGCAGAUUGCUGGAAUUAUAUUCGAUAAUUUUUGUAGAGGUAGAAAAAAACAUGUCUGGUUUAGUAUAUCUGCUGAUCUCAGAUAUGAUGCUCAAAGAGAUUUAAAUGACAUUGGCUGCUUUGUUAACAUAAUUGAUGGAUGUCAGCAAUUGGAUAAAGGGCAAAAAGCUUUUGGAUUGAUUACAGAAUAUAAAACUGGUGUGUUAUUUUCUACAUACUCGACACUUGUCUCAUGUACAAAUAAAGGCAAAUCAAGUAGACUAGAUCAAUUAAUUGGUUGGUGUGGUAAAGAUUUUGAUGGCUGUCUUAUUUUUGAUGAAUCACAUAAAGCAAAGCAUUUUAUUCCAGGUAAAGAAAGUUCAAGCAGCAAAGUUGCUGUUGCAGUCUCGACUAUCCAGAGAUUACUGCCAAAAGCAAGAGUUAUUUAUUGUAGCGCAACUGGUGUUACGGAUCUCAAAAAUAUGGCUUUUAUGGAGAGACUAGGAUUUUGGGGAUCUGGCACAACUUUUAAUGAUUUUGAAAGUUUUCAUCACUCUUUAACUACUAGGGGUUUAGGGGCUUUAGAAAUGUUGUCGAUGGAAAUGAAGGCAGCCGGAAUGUAUCUUUCUCGUGGUUUAUCUUAUCAUGAUGCAGAGUUUCAAACAGUUGAAUUUGAUUUGACAAAAGAACAAAUUAAAAUUUACAAUGAAGCUGUAGUUGUUUGGAAAGAAUUGAAGAGAAGUUUGGCUGUUGCAUUAGAUCGUUUAGGUAUUUUUAACUCAAGAAUCUGGACUUUGUACUGGGGAAGUCACCAACGAUUUUUUAAGCAAUUAUGCAUGAGCAUGAAAACCCAAGAAAUAAUAAAACUUUCAAAGCAAGCACUACAAGAUGGUUACUCUGUUGUUAUUGGAUUGCAAACCACAGGCGAAACAAGUCUUGAUGCUGAGCUCUUUGAUAACCAUGGUAACAUUGAUGGAUUUGUUUCGAUAACAAAAGAAAUACUCAAGCGGUUUAUUUCACAGCAUUUUCCUGUAGAACAACCAGUUAAAGGAGAGCUAAGUGAAGCUGGCGAAUGGUGUGCAAAGGUUAAAAGUUAUCUUUUGAAUCGUGUAGAAAAAAUUGUUCUUUUAAACAGUCCUCUUGAUACUAUUAUUGAUGAGCUUGGUGGUCCACAUUGUGUUGCAGAGAUGACUGGUCGUAGUGGUUUUAUUGGAAGAUAUAAUAAAAGUGACAAGCCAAGUUAUCAUCGUCGAUCAAGUACUGCAAAAUCAACAGAAUCUGUUUCUGUUCAGGAGAGAAAUGCAUUUAUGAAUGGAGAAAAAAAUGUUGCCAUUAUAUCAGAUGCUGCCAGUACUGGUAUUUCACUGCAUGCUGAUAGAAUAUCCAAAAAUCAACGUCGUCGCAUACAUAUUACUGCAGAACUUCCAUGGAGUGCAGACAAAGCUGUUCAACAGCUCGGAAGAUCACACAGAUCAAACCAGAUAAUUGGUCCUAUAUAUAAAUUGUUAACAUCAAAUCUCGGGGGAGAACGAAGGUUUGCUGCUGCAGUUGCUAGAAGGUUGCAGUCAUUAGGUGCUAUAACAAAGGGUGAUAGAAGAGCAGCGACAGGUGCAGAUUUGUCGCAGUUUAACUUUGAUACUGUAUAUGGUAGGCAGGCACUUAAAGCAAUGUAUGAUGCAAUAGCCAAGAAUGAAUUGUGUUCAGGAGUUUCUCUAAAAAAUGUACUUGCAAGUGUGAACAUAGAUUGUUCACUUGAAACAUUUCACUCAACUAUGAAAUCAUGUUUAUAUGAUAUGGAUGUCAUUGACCAAAAUGUAGUUGGUGGUAGUGUAUCAGAGAAAUAUGCAAAAGAUAUGGGAAAGUUUCUUAAUCGAAUACUUGGUUUAGAAGUUCAAAAGCAAAAUCUUAUGUUUUCUUACUUUUGCCAAUGCAUGGAGACAACAACAGCUGCUGCAAAGCGGGAAGGAAGAUAUAAUGAUGGUGUCACAGAUAUUUGUGGUAGUUCGAUUACAAAACAUGGUGAUGCUAAAACUGUAUUUAGUGAAAUUCAAAUGGGUGCUUCAGUCAUACAACAUGUAUUUGUUACGGUUGAUCGUGGGGUAUCUUUUGAAACAGCCAAAGAAAAAUUUAUAAAAAACUCUGAUGUGAGUUGUGAUUUUUAUCGAUCAAAGAGAGAACAAUAUGGCAAAAAAUUGUAUUUACUAGCAGUACAAAAAGAUUUAUCUCCACAUUUAUUUAUGGUAACAAGGCCUAAUACUGGAGUGUCUCCUUUUGAAGAAGAUAAAAAUGAUUUACUUCAUAAAUAUGAAAAAAUUCUACCAGCUGAAGCAGAAGAGGGCUGGAAUGAGCAAUACGAAACAACUAAAUAUAAUUGUAUUCAUGGAAAGAAUUGUAAAUUUAGAGGAGUUUGUCAAAUUGGUACACGAAUAAUAGAAAUAAAUCUUCUCACCGGAUGCAUAUUGACUAUUUUACCUGCAUUAGAAGCAGUUAUAGUAAAGUUUGGACAGUCACAUGGAAUAUCCAGAGAGAAUCGUAUCAUGCGCGUUGUUCGGGUGAAGUUAGAUAGUGGCGAACGGUUGGUUGGUUUGAGAUACCCUGAUUUUCUUAUUCCCGAAGUUGAAAGAUAUAUAAAAGAGCAAAAAUUGCUCCAGCAUGAAAAAACGGUUCCUAGAUUUUUUGUUGAAAGUGAAACUCCUUUGAAUUUAAAAGCGAGAUCUAAAGCAUUGGAAACCCCAACUAGUAUUAAAAUGUUCUUCAAAAAGGUGCCUUUUAUCGAAACGUGCUCCAAUGAUUGCGGAGAUAAAAAUGAUAAACAAACAUCAAAGGUCAAAACUCGCACGCACAGAAAUUUUCAGGUUGACAGUGCGUUAAAAAAUCGCGAAGAAAAAGUUACUUCAGUCAAUCUCAAAAGAAAACAGUCAAGUAUUUUAAACUUAUUUAGUUCUCAGAGUACGAAAAAAAAAUUGAAAAAAGAAGUAAUAUGUCCAAUAUGUUUAACAAACUUUGAAGGUCGUACCACUCAAGACAUUAACGAGCAUAUAGAUAAUUGUUUAAUUAAGUGAUUUUUUUUCUUUUUAUCUUUGUCAUUUCAUUUUUAUCGGUUUUUUUUAUUUGUAAAUUUUAUUUUUAUAAUGUAAAGUCAUAUCGUUUUUAAUUUGGC